UUUGAUUUUUCCGGUCAACGACCAGUAGUUAGCUUCUGAUCGAAAAUGAAGCUACACGGGUCGAUCCUGGUCGUCUUAUUUUCUCUGCUGCAGCUCUCAACGCAGCAGAGUCCAAGGCCAACGCAGUCCCUGACGGUGACCAUUAAGCAGGGCACCCUGACCGGAAAGGUCAUGCAGUCGUUACUCAACAAACGAGACUUUUCUGCAUUCCAAGGAAUCCCGUAUGCGGCGCCGCCGGUUGGAAAUCUCAGAUUCAUGAGCCCAGUUGAGCACGCAGGAUGGAACGGCACCUUGAUGGCCACGAAAGAAGGAAGUGACUGUCCGCAGUACGACCAAAUCACCCGACUCUUUUCUGGCUCUGAAGACUGCCUCUUUCUCAAUGUGUACACACCUCAAAUCAACUCAAAACGGGCACUGCCGGUGAUGGUGUGGAUCCACGGUGGAGGAAUGGUCGAAGGGUCGAGCAGCGUCCAACUCACAGGUCCGGAGAUUUUGAUGGACAAGGACAUUGUCCUCGUCACUCUAAACUACAGACUCGGACUCCUUGGUCUGUUGAACGUGGGUAGUAAAGAGCUGCACGGCAAUUAUGCAAUUAGGGACCAAAUUCACGCUUUGAAGUGGGUUCAGGAAAACAUUGCGGCAUUUGGCGGAGACCCGAAUUCUGUGACACUGUUUGGGUGGAAUACUGGAGCAUCAAGCAUUCAUUACAUUCUUAUUUCACCCCUGGCCAAAGGGUUGUACCACAAGGCGAUUUUGCAAAGUGGCUCUGUGUUUCACAACUGGGCAUUCCAGGCGGACGGCUUCAAGGUUUAUGGGCGAGCUGUGGAAAACCUGGGCUGCGGAAAUGGUAGUUAUGAAGAAAAGGCGAAAUGCCUGCGCGGUUUGGACAUUCAGAAAUUGGUGGACGAGGCGAGCGCCCUGACCGUUCGCGAGAGACGCAGAUACCUGGCUGUCUCGCUCGAGAGUACCCGAGCACCCGAGCUUUUCAGAAAUGAUAAAAUGCUAUUGCCAGACGUGCCCAUCAUGACCGGAGUCACCACUCAUGAGGCCAUGCUCAACAUGAUUUUGCUUCGUCCGCUCAACGUGACAAAGGAAUUCACCGAAAACAGGGACUUCUAUGUUCCUCGCUUGUUAGGACUGAAGAGAAACACUUCCCAGUUUGAAAAUGCGUGGAAACAAAUAUCAGCUUACUACAAAUCCAUGCCUGUUGAUGAAAUGGAGCAAUAUCUCCUGAUGGCUUCAGACGCACAAUUCACGCUUGGAGUGGACCAGUUGGUGAGAGAAACGGUUGCCAAAGAGAACAGGAAGAGUCCGGUUUUCUAUUAUCAGCUAUCGUACAACGGCUCUAUCACUAGUUUGAUUAAGAGCCGCGUGCCAACCAACAGGACAGGAACUUCCCACGGCGACGACCUGGGCUAUCUGUUCACGAUGAACAUUUCCGACUCGUGGCAGCGCGCUCCGGCCCGGGACAGAGCCUUCAUCAGCCAGAUCACGACCCUGUGGGCCAACUUCGCAGAGAAAGGGAACCCAACCCCGGACGCAACAAGCGGCGUCAAGUGGCUGCCGGUGCGCAAAUCGAGCAACGAUCCUGAUAAACUAAUCACAAGCUACUUGGACCUGGGAGAAAAACUGGUCAUGAACGACAGGAGUCUCAACGACAAACGCAUGCAGUUCUGGGCCAAACUCAUCUGGGAGAAUUCUUGGAUCUAUAAACUUACGAGACCUGACCGCGUAAAACGAGCAGCUGGGUUUCAUUUAAACUAGAAAAUCUUUAGCCAAGAACAGGAAAAUGUUUUGUAAAGUCACAUACAAAUUAUUAUUUCUGAAUGACGUUAGUUGCUAAAUUAUUUUUUCAAUAUUCAAUUAAUGGUCUUUUUGAUUAGCUCUCUAUUCCAUUUGAAAUAAAAAUAAUCAUUUUCAAAAGCAA